GAUUCAUUGAUCGUUGUGGGAACUGUAUUUCAAGCGGAAGUCUUUGUCCUUGAAAUUGAACAAUAUGCAUCUCCAGAGAAUCGCCACAUGGCUCUUAAUCUCCCUCACUUCAGCCCUACCGGCCCCAGAGAGGCGUCAAUUUGCACCUACAGUUCAAAUAUCACAUGCCAGAAUCAUCGGAUCUAGCACAUCAGGAAUUGACACAUUCAAGGGAAUACCCUAUGCUCAACCACCUACUGGAUCCCUCCGCUUAAAGCCUCCCAAAAGUAUCACCAAACACCUGGGAGCUAUCCAAGCAACCAAUGUCCCAACAGCCUGUCCCCAAGGUUCCGCCUCCGGUCCCGUCGGCGAAGAUUGUCUAACGCUCAACAUCCAACGUCCAUCAAACAUCACCCGACACUCUAAACUCCCCGUGCUUUUUUGGAUCUAUGGUGGUGCUUUCGCAGGCGGCUCCACCCAAUCUUUCGACGCAACACAACUUCUUCAAACCUCCAUUUCUAGUGCCCAACCUUUCAUCUAUGUGGCUGUAAACUACCGUGUAGGAGGUUUUGGUUUCCUCGCCGGUUCCGAGAUCUUCAAAGAUGGGUCUUCCAAUCUCGGCUUGUUAGAUCAAAGAUUGGGUCUCCAAUGGGUUGCCGACAACAUCGCUUCUUUUGGAGGCGAUCCCAACAAAGUCACCAUAUGGGGUGAAUCCGCAGGUUCAAUUUCGGUAUUUGACCAAAUGGCUCUCUAUGGCGGCCAAUAUCAUUACAAACAUAAGCCCUUAUUCCGCGGCGCAAUCAUGGAUUCCGGAUCCAUCACUCCCGCCGAAACAGUCGACAGUCCGCGCGCACAAGCAGUAUACGACCAAGUCGUACUCGCCGGCGGUUGUCAAAAUUCCACCCACACACUCAAAUGUCUCCGAGCCCUUCCUUAUGAAGCGUUUCUCUCCGCAACCCUCUCUCCCCCCUCCUACACAUCCUACACAUCCCUCGCACUCUCCUACCUCCCACGUCCAGACCACAAAAACGGCGUUCUCCCCGCCUCCCCCGAAAUCCUCGCUUCCCACGGCCAAUUCGCCCCCGUUCCCUUCAUAAUCGGUGACCAAGAAGACGAAGGAACAUAUUUCGCUCUCACCCAAACAAACCUCACCACCACCGCCCUGCUAACCACCUACCUCCAAAACAUCUUCUUCCCCUCCGCACCCCCCUCUAAAAUCGCCUCUCUUGUCGCCUCCUACCCCGACGAUCCCUCCUCCGGCUCCCCCUUCAACACCGGCACAAACUGGAACAUCUACCCACAAUACAAACGACUAGCCGCCCUCCUCGGCGACCUCGUCUUCACACUUUCCCGCCGCCUCUUCCUCAGCUACUCAGCAAACACCCACCGGAACGUAAAAAUGUAUUCCUACCUCUCCAGCUACGGCUACGGAACCCCCAUUCUGGGCACCUAUCACGGAAGCGACAUUGGCGUCGUCUACGGCCAAUCCCUCGGGUUUCCCCAACAAUCGAUCCAGAAAUACUACCUCAAUUUUCUGCACACUCUCGAUCCGAAUCUUGCCGCGAAUCAUCACGGACACGGCAGCCCCGACGACAAUCACAAUUUCCACCCUACCACCAACGCAGACACAAGCACCAACGCAACAAACACAACGCAAACUCUCACCUGGCCCCCGUGGACCCCGCAGAAAAAACAACUUCUCAAUUUCCAAGCCGCGCAGAAUACAUUGAUCACAGACGAUUUUCGACAGACGCAGUACGAGGUGAUCAAAAACAUAGUGGGGUUUUUACAUGUGUGAGUGAGUGAAGAACGAGAUGUGCGAAGUGCGGGGCUAUUGGCUUCUGAUAUUUGGUUAUAUUCUACAAAUAAAGAAGAGAAGGAAGAAUAAGACCGAGGAUGAGGAUGAGGAUCAUAGUGGGGUAGAUGGAGAUGAUGCUUGUAUACUGCAUAUUAUAUACACCACACCGAUAAA